AUGUUAUCUGGACUCGACGAUUCCGGAAUCGAAACUAACGGUGACCAAGCAAGGGUCCGCAUUGCUGCAAAUUUUAUCAUCCAUUCUCCCCCUGGAGAGUUCAACGAAGUCUUCAAUGAUGUGCGGCUACUGCUCAAUAAUGACAAUCUGCUCAGGGAAGGGGCGGCUCAUGCCUUUGCCCAGUACAACAUGGAUCAGUUCACACCUGCUAAACUUGAUGGAAGUGAAGAUCAGGUUUUGAUCACAGAGCAUGGAGACCUUGGCCAUGGACGGUUUUUUGACCCUCGUAAGAAACAGUCAUUCAAGUUUGACCACCUGAGGAAAGAGGUGACUGACCCACAGUCUCAUGAGGGUGAGGCGGCCCUCAGGCCAUGGAGGGAUGCUUGUGACGAAGCUCUGAGGGCGUACGUCAAAGAUCAUUACCCCACUGGAGUCUGCACUGUUUAUGGGAAAACCAUCGAUGGACAGCAAACUAUCAUUGCUUGUAUCGAGGGUCAUCAGUUUCAGCCCAAAAAUUUCUGGAAUGGCCGCUGCCGAUCGGAAUGGAAGUUCACCAUUUCUCAGCCCACUGCUCAGGUAGUGGGAGUGCUGAAGAUCCAGGUUCAUUACUAUGAAGAUGGCAACGUGCAGCUGGUCAGCCACAAGGAUGUGCAAGAGUCUCUGGUCAUCUCUGUAAGUUAUCUGAGCCUGAGCUGCUUGGGUUUUUGAGUGAGUAUGCUUCCU